UUUUAACUAGAAAUUUAAAUGUGCCUUUGCUAUCCUAUUAAUGAAUAUAUAUGAAUGUUGCUAAUUUAGUGAUUUGAAUUGUGUUCUUUCUUUGUUCGUAAUAUAUUGCUAUUUUGUCAAAUCAUGCAAAUACUUUAAUAGUCAGGUAAUGGCUGCGUUGUUCCGGAAUUUGGUAACCGCUUCAUUUACGUGUUCUACGACAGUCCACUGUAAUGUUUUAAGCAUUCUGCGGCGACACACUAGUGUUUCUGGAAGAAAGAAAUUUUUCAAAGAGGUAACAAUAUCAUGCGAUUCAGAUGGAUAUGAUGUGAGCCUCGAUAAAAGAAAACUGAAGUGUCCUUCAGGCAUUGUACUGCGACUACCGUGUGAACAACUGGCUCAAGCUGUUGCAUUAGAAUGGGAUUCCCAGAGAGACGCACUGAAAUACCACACGAUGCCAAUAACCAAUUUAUGUUUUUAUGCGAUGGAUAAGCCAAAUGGUGAAGAUAAAGCAACUUUGGUUGACAUUUGUCUAAAUUUCUUGCGAACUGAUACAGUAUUAUUUCAUUCUGAUGAGCCUCCUGGUUUAGGAGAUCAUCAAGUUAAAGAGUGGGGUAAAAUUAUUGACUGGGCACGACAGAAAUACAAUGUUGAACUCAACUACACAUCAGGGUUUACUUCCCCACAUUUGCCUGAAGAAACAAUAAAUACGUUUGAAAAGUACCUCUUAUCUUAUAAUUUUUGGGCUGUAACAGGAUUUGAAAGGCUCCUCAGCACACUGAAAUCCCUUUUGCUAUCUAUUGCAUUGGUUGAACGCAGUAUAACAGUUGAAGAAGCCGUGAGUUUAUCUCGAUUGGAACAGGAAUAUCAGAUUUCACAAUGGGGAAAUGUAGAAUGGCAUCACGAUAUUGAUCUUCUUGAGAGUAGAAAGUCUGCUGCCGCCUGUGCGAUUUUCAUACACGCCUGUUCAGAGGACAGCAGAUAUAUAAAUCUGCAAAACCUUGCCUAAUAGAAUGAAAAGAACAACAUCGAUAAGUGUUUGUCAUGUCGAAAAUAGAGGGCAGUGCAAAUUUUGAGUGGAAUUGCAUGGUUUUGUGUGGAAUUGUUAUCUCUUAAGUGGGAACAGGUCUUUUGUGACAGAUUUGGUGAGCAGAUAUCGAGAACGACCUCCUUAUGGCGGAGUCCAAUUGUGCAAAUGAUUGUGACUUAAUCUGUUCAUGGUCAGAUUUGCAAAGAUUAAAUAAAUGAAACAAAUUUCGAACAGUUCAUAACAUAAUUUCUAACGAAUAAAUAGUUUGAUAAUUUUAU